UUUUCACGCGUAGGGGAGGGAUGGAUUGCGGGAGGGUAGGCGGCGAGACAGAGACAACAAUGCGUUCUUGGCCCUGCAGCUGCAGCGCAGCGUAGAAGGAGGAGGAAUUCCGCAAUGUGCGCAGGGCAUGCCUGCCAUAUGGUUCUCCAGGGUGGUGCUGGUAGUGGUGGCGGCAAUAACUUUAGUUUCCUGCUCAGUCGCGAACUGCAUAGCGGACAGGACACACUUACAUAUCGACUAGUCAGGAACAUAAAUCUGCUCCAAAAGGAAACAACAAAAUGAUCCCACAAUGUGAGAGUCCAGCCGUGUUUGAGGAAAAUUUCGUUGGGGAGUCGUCCCAUUCUGGCCCUGAGGAUUGUGAGCAGAGUCGCUGUGGGCAGGGCCAGACAGCCCUAGAGGUGUACGAGAGAAUCCUAAGGCGUCUACAGUCCUCACAGCAGGACCCCCAUGCCUCAAGGGUCGAUGAAGCCGUCUUGAUGAAGCAAAUUUGGAUUGCCAGCUUUACAGGAAGCCGACUGCAAUAUCGAAUGUAGUGGAUCAAAGAUUGUUUGUUGAAUAAUAUAUAGUAAUUAUAGAAUUUUG